CCAGGACGGCUCAACUGUCUCGCUGUUUCGUUCCACGAGCGCUUCGAACAUACAGACGAGCUCGAGGAUCUCGAACAAGCCAUCUUAUACCAAGUUUGCGCCGGCGAACUCAUGCCAGAUGGCCACUCAGAUGCGGCAGAUAUCUAUCAUACGCUCAGCCAUUGGCUAUACGUCCGUUUCAAGCGCACUCAGAACCUCGAGGACCUCGAGGAGGUCCUCUCAUACCGCACGCGGAUGGUCGAUCUCACGAUAGAUGAUGAUUCUCACGCUGAUAAGAUAGAUCGGCUCCAAUGCCUAGGUGGUGCUUUGCGCACACACUUCGAGCGUACCAAGCGACUCCAGGACUUGGAUCAGUUGGUUUCGUGUUUUGUACGCGCCGUUGAGAUCACGCCAGAUGAUCAUCCCCAAAAGCCAGGCUUAUGUGACCAGCUCGGUGAUGCAUUGCGUGAGCGCUUCGAGCGCUCUGAACAACUCGAGGACAUCGAGAAGGCUGUGUUCUGGCAUACACACGCGGUUGAGCUCACCCUCGACUCACACCCUAGCAAGACAAUCUAUCUCAACAGCCUCGGUCUCUCCCUGCGCGAGCUCUUCUAUCGUACCUGGCAGUUGGAAUACCUUGAUCGUGCAGUACUAGCCUUCAGCCGCGCAGUGGAACUUCGAUCCGACGAAGAUCCCCGCAAACCGGGCGUCAUCACAAACCUAGCCAACGCGUUCGUAUCGCGGUCUAACUUCUUGAAAGACGUUGCCGAUCUUGACCAAGCCAUCGCAACCCUUCGCCACGCUGUCAAGAUUAUGCAGCCUGGUCAUCGCCAUAUGGCUCCCUGCCUCGGUAGCCUCGGGGACGCUCUGUUCGAUCGCUUUGAGCGUACUUCUCGACGAGCAGAUCUCGACGAGGCUAUCCUAUUCCAUGGACGUCUCGCUGAGCUCACGCGAGAGGGCGAAGAAUAUGGAUCUUCAGGCGCGGCGGGCCUCGCGAAGUCGUUGCUCACGCGUUUCAUCUACUUCCGUGAGCCCGAAGAUCUUACAAAGGCCAUAACGCUCUACGAGAAGGCGAAUGCCCUUACACCGGAGGGACAUCGAGACAAUCCACGACGGCUGAUCGGUCUCGCUAAUGCCUUGCGCGAACGCCACAAAGUCGGGCACGAUCAGAAACACGAAGAUAUACACGCUGCGGUGUCCGCAAUUCGCCAAGCGGUGGCGCUCACGCCCGACGGGCAUCCCGAGCUGACGCUACGACUUCAUGAGCUCGGUCAUGUCCUGCGAGAGCGUUUCCGAUGCACCAAAACACAAGAGGACUUUGACGCGACUGUUCAGGCGUUCUCUCGUUCAAUCGAUGAAGCGCGUAUAGGAGUAGCAUCCCAGCGCUUCGGUUCCGCGAUGCACUGCGUGGAGAUGCACACCGCAUACCCCGACUUCACCUCUACAGAAGCCCUCUUGUCGGCCCACGCCCGCGUCAUUGAUUUCUGUUCUGAGUUCAUCUGGUUUGGGUACGGCUUGCAUACACGCUUUGAGCAGUCCGCAACAGUAGGGGAGAAUGUGACAGCCGCUGUAGCCGCUGCAUGCGCGGCUGGCUCGCUGGAGAGCGCCGUAGAAUGGCUUGAGACCGGUAGAGCUGUGAUAUGGUCGCAGGUGCUGUCUCUCCGUGCGCCGCUUGACGAGCUACGAGAGGUCCAUCCCGUACUCGCCGGAUCGUUGGAGCGCGUCCAACUCCUGCUUCGGGAUACGACUUCGACCUCCUUCACUCGCUCUGAUGCGCCAAGUAGCGUUCCAGGGCCCGGUGUCACGGUCAGGACUGGUCUAGAACGACACCGUCAGCUUGUCGCCGAACACGACUCUUUGUUGAAAGACAUACGUAGUCGCGCAGGGUUCGAAGACUUCCUACGCCCGAAACGGUUUGAGGCGCUUCUCCCACCAAAGAGCCUGGUAGGCUCCGACACGUUCGUGUAUCUGAACGUGGAUGCAUCGCGAUGCGACGCUCUAGCGAUCCGAAGGGACGUAGUCAGCUUGAUACCUCUCCCUGACCUUACGCUCAAAAAAGCGAGCCAACUACGCGAACUCUGGUUAAGACGACUGAGGUCCUCUUCAAUCCGCGAGCGCACCACCGGCGCGUUAGAUGAGCUUGAUCGCGACGGUGAAGCGCAUCUGGAGCUUUCCCUCGAUCCCAGCGUCCCGCCUGUUCGCGCUUCGGCUGUCGUAGAGACGGAGAAGUCCCUCAAUCGUGUGCCAAAGCUCAUGUGGGACUGGAUCGUGAAACCAGUUCUGAGUGCGCUUGAUAUGCUGAAAUCCAAUGACGGCCGUCUACCACACGUAAUCUGGUGUCCCACGGGGCCUCUAGCACAAUUGCCUCUUCAUACAGCAGGGAUCUACGCCGAGCCCGACGGCCCUCGAGUGUUCAACUACAUCGUCUCGUCGUACACGCCCUCCCUUUCUGCGCUCCGGAGCUGCUACACGGGCGCCGCGAAGCGGAACUCGCUUCCGAACGCGCUGAUCGUGACCCAGCCCGCUUCGCCUGGGCACUCCCGGCUUCCCAACACCACCAAAGAGGGUACGUGCGUCGCGGACAUCAUGAGGGGCGCGCAACUGCCCAGCACGCAUUUGAACCAUGACCAGGCGACCGUGGCCUAUGUCCUCGGUAUAAUCGGCCAGUUCCCGUGGGUGCACCUCGCCUGCCAUGGUUCGCAGCGGCGCAACGACCCGACGCAAAGCGCGUUCGCACUGUACGACGGGCCACUGUCUUUGGCGGAUCUCAUGAGCACAAUCUCCGACGACGCAGAGCUCGCGUUCCUCUCUGCCUGCCAAACCGCCAUGGGCGACGAGAAUACGCCAGAGGAGUCCGCACAUCUCGCAGCGGGCAUGCUGGCCGUCGGAUUCAAAGGCGUCGUCGCGACGAUGUGGUCGAUCAUGGACGAAGACGCGCCCGUCGUUGUCGACGCGUACUACAAGAAGUUGAUCGAGUUGCGGAACUCUGGCGCGGUGGGCCGAGGGCAGACGGGUGCGGCGUAUGCGUUGCAUGAGGCUGUGGCGAAGCUGAGGGCCAAGGUUGGCGAGGGUAAGUUUGGGAGAUGGGCGCCGUUUGUGCAUUUCGGUGCUUGA